CUGCUUUCUGCAGUCCGAGUCCAUGUAAAAACAUUAAACAGCUGCUCGCUCUAAUAUCUCCACGCUCCCUUACAAUUCAUAUUUCCCAAUCAGGAUUCCCUCAAAAUGAACUUCCUUUUUACCCCCAACCACGUUCAGCUUCUCAAUUCCUGCUAUCCCCCUGCUUCAACUCUUCUCACUUCCGGUCCAGAGUAUUCGCCAAAUUCCCAAGAGUUGAGUCGGUUGACCUACUAUGCCUCAAACCAUCCUGAAAAGUUGACCAAGUUGGGCAGCGAACUGGAAAAACGAGUGAAGACCGAGAGCCGCAAGGCUCGUUCAGGAAACAUCAAGAUACGAGCAUCCCUGCUUAUCACUCUAGCAAUAUUGCGAUCGCUAGCUACAGAAUGUCGUCGAGAUAUUGCACUCCUUUCUCCCUCAUUGAUUGCGUCUGUUGAAAGCACCCUCUCCAACGAGUUAAAUGAUCUAGAAGUUGUUGCCAGGGCGGCAAGUGUGUUUAUUGCAUGGACUACCUUUACAGAUGGCCAUAUAAUAGGGGCAGAUAGCGGCUUCACCGAGAACUACCUCUCCAGUCUACGACAUUUUGCAUUUCUCUGUAGCUCCGAUGCACAGGACUUCGAAUUGCGUAAUAGAACUCGUCUCGUAGGGUUCGCUGCAAUCACUGGUGCUAUAAACUCUGAAGCGCUAUACAAUGACUCUUCCCAAUUCCGAACCCAGACGUCGAUCAUCAUGCGACCAGUACUUCAAACUGUACUCGAAACUGAUUUGGCGACAUUGAACAAGCAGGCGGGAAGUGUGAAAGACGCGUCGAUGUCUCCUUAUUUGGCUGAAUUCAGAACAAGACCCGUAAUUGAACGUCGUGCUGCGUCAAUCCACAUACACAUCGAUGGCGAAAACGGCCCCUCAAUGUCUGAUGUUUCAAGCGCCGCCCUUCGUGCCUUCUCUUCUCUUCUCGAACACGUCAAUGGUUCUCAGCUUGGCCAUAUAAUGCGCUCUUCCUUCGAUAGCCUUGAUGAGCUGAAGGGUUGGAGCCAUAUUGACCACUGCUGCUGGUUCAUACUGAAAACAGCGGAAUGGGCACAAUACCAAUACCGCUAUGCCAUCCCGACAUGGUUAGUGGAGCGUUUAUUGGAGAGUCAGGAUGCGUCUAAGACCACUGACAUGCAAAAGGCAUUAACAGCCAUGGUUACAACGGUGUUCAAUUCUCCGGUGCCUCUAAUCAACCUCUCUACUUCUGACAUACUGACAAAUCUGAUGUCGCUGCUGGUGCGGAGAAUAUCUGUCGACUUCAACCACGCUAUUAUCCCUUCACUAAUCAAGUGCAUCUCAUCCCUUGGGCGACAUGUUUAUUAUUCAGACCAAAUUCAUGACCUCGCAGCUGAGCUGAUCACGCACCUUUCCAUUGUGGAGGCUCAAGCCAUAUCCCCCCGCAGCGAUUCGCUGUAUGAGGAGAAACGUGCUCAUGCUUUAAGAUGUUUGAUAAUGGGCUUGGCAGGUUUGAUCAGUGCAGCGGACGACGGCGAGCACGAAAGGCACGAAAGACCGCAAAGCAAAGCCUCGUUGUCUUCAGAUCCAGAUGUCAAGCAUGAUGACCACUCUGAACAUCGGCGGUCCCGAAGAGCCCGGGUACCUCCAGAAAUCUGGCAAGAUACUAUCAGCCUCCUUUUAGAUGCAGACUAUGCAGUACGAGCAGACUAUGCAAAUGCGUUAGUGUUCUAUAUUGUCCAUGAGAUGCCCAAACAUGGUGACGUGACUGAUGCUGAAACCAAAACGCGUUUCCGUCGCGUUGCUGAUGGGUCUCAAACCGCACCUAUGAAUUCUUUACUGCAUUCCAGCGACCUGGGUAGCAAAUUUCUUCACGCUGUCUAUGCCUUUGUGUACAUCCUUUCCUCCUCAUCGCUCAAUCUUCCAAGUACCUCCAAUUCAUCACCCAGGCUAUCGACAAAGGAUGAACUCGAAAUUAAUAUCGAGCCAGCAACCCCUCUUCCGGAAACACGUAUUUUCGGAGAUAUGUCGUCUCAACAUGAUCGGCGACCUGGUGCUUUUCAUUCGCGAACGAGGAAGAUUGCGGCAGCUCUUUCGCGAUUAGAUAAAUCACAGAAGCUUUCGUCUUCAACUUCGGCAACAGUUUCUGACUAUCUUCUCAUACAAAAUAUACUUAUCGCAGUUCAUCAGCAGCUGCCAGUGCGCAGUUUAAUGGUUGGAGUACCGAUGCUGUUAGCACUUGAUUCUUUAUGCCAACAAUCCGAAUGCGAUUCCUCAGAGGUCAUGGCUCGUGUGCAUACGAUCAGAUACGUUCUUGCGAAAGUUUGGUUAGCCAUUGGUAAAGAAUGGGGUUCUACUGAGCUGCAGGCCAUUUCCGAAAAGGCUCUCGCAUCCUUACCACCAUCAUUAUUUCCACUAGACUCCCAAGCAGCAGAAAUAGGAACAUAUCACCCGCCCCAGAAUCCAGUUCCUAUCUCUUCCAUUGAUUCCAUUCCCAGGUGGUCGGGUGUUGAUACUAAAGCGGUUCUUUCGGUGUUGGCUUCGGACUCCGGCGUUCAAGAAGUUUUCGGUUCAGAUAGGGAGCAACUGUUGUCAUCAUUCUCGAAACCAUGGUCAACAGAAACAGCCCUGAGAACUGCCGUUGAACGACCGUCUACAUAUGAUGCCACUCUUCGUGGAGAUGGCGUUUCUCCUUUGCUGAAGAUAUCUCCUGGUCUCAUGCACAUUGAAAACAUAUCUUUACAAAGUUUGGCUCGUUCUAAUCGUGGUGUCGGUGUCACUGACCUUCGAGAAGCCCUCGAAGGAAGGAGCAGUAUGUCCAAUCCUAAUUUGGCGAGACCCGGUUCAAUAUCGACAUUGGACCAUGGGUCUUCUGUCAUGGGAGGCGAGGGCAGAUUUGUUCAGACACGCCCACGGAGUGCUAAAAAGCGUGCUUUGCCCGCUGGGCCUGGUGAAGUACGAGAUGUUUUGAAUAAGCUCGGUCUGGGAAAACAGAACGGAAGUCUACUUAAAGCCUCAUUUCCUACACUACAAUCCGAUCAAAGAUCAUCCGUUGUGAAAUAGAUCACAGCAUCUUCUCUCUCUUUAGGAUACAUAUACUACACGGACAAUGAAUCUUAUUUGGUAAUUCUGUUUGGGCAAAAGAUCUGGGGAAGGCAUAAUCAGAAA